UGUCCAGAGCUGACUGUUUCUUUGUGCUAAAAAAUCUACCAUGCGUCUUGUGUUAAGUUUUGGCUUAGUCUGGGCAAUAGCCUAUGUCAAACAUUCGGCAAGAGGGUUGCAUACGACUAAUAAAAUCAUAAGCCGAGAAGACAAGAUAGAUUUCUUUUGUUGCGGACAGAGACCUCUAGCCACAGACAACGGAGCCUCAGAGGUAGCGCAGACAACCGACGAUAUACAAGGAGCUAUUCCUCAUUCUCAUCCAUCUAUUUGCAGUAUUCGACCUGUCAAUAAUACAUAUCACAUGUUCAGCGGUGUUUUGGUGAAGAAUUUGGCGGGAAAAUACUACAUCAUCACGAAUUGGUUCUCCGGUACUCAUCCGUUUCGUAAUCUAUUUUACGAAGCUCACUGUGGUGUCUACGACAGAACUGAUCUCAGUGAACCCCAAAGAGUGUCAGUUCGCUUCAGUGAUUUAAAAAUUUCCGACGCUGAGACCAACCUUGCAAUUUUGAUACCUGCAACUGCACUGCCAACUAACCGCUACAUUACAGCCGCCUGCCUUCCGAACGAAGAUUGGUAUGAGGGCGAAAAGGCCAUUUCUGCUGGCUGGUAUAAUAAGUCUCCGACUUAUAAUAUUCAAGCCUAUUCCAAACUUCACCAAUUCCAAGCGUACAUAACGUCUAGGGCCACAUGUGAACAAAAAUACAGAGACAUCUAUUCCCUGAAAUUGAUGUGCACAAGUUUACCUGAAACUGAAUUCUUUACAUGUAACCCUGAUUUUGGUUCCCCUCUCUACACAUAUAGAGAAAACAGAUGGACUUUAACAGGUAUUGCCAAAUUUAUUGGCGACUGCUAUAAGCCUGACAGACUUGGUAUGUACACUGAUAUCUUCCAAGCUAAAGACUGGAUCAACAGCAUCAUCAACUGACGCUAAAAUAGAACUCAUUGUAAAAUAUUGACUUGUAAAAGACUU